GCGGCGGCGCCAUGGCAACCGGCCGGGGAGGCAGGGCCGGGCCGGGGGAGGAGCGGGAGCGGGAGGAGGAGGAGGAGGGAGAAGAAGGGGAAGAAGGGGAAGAAGAGGCUUUCUGCGCCGCCCGAGGGAAAGCUGCUGCAGGCUCUGAUGGAGGCAGGAUGCCUUUCAGUGCACAGAAAUGUGGGAUCUGCUUCCAGCCCCCGUCCAUCAUCCUCAUCUACAGAGACAACAGCCAGGACAAGACUCGCCAGCGCAUCAUGCCCGUCAGGAAUUUCUCCAGGUUCUCAGACUGCAGCAGGGCUGCCGAGCAGCUGAAGAACAACCCUCGGCACAAGGCCUACCUGGAAGGGGUCUCGCUGCACCAGCUCCAGAAGCUCUACAGCUUGCUGAGAGGCCAUUUGGAAGGACACAGCCUGUCUGAGAGCUUGGAAAGGUUUCAUCAGGAAGAGACCAUUGACCCAGAGGAGGAUAUGAACAAACUGGAUGAUAAGGAACUGGCCAAAAGGAAGAGCAUCAUGGACAAGGUCUUUGAAAAGAACAGGAAGAAGAAGGAUGACCCCGACUUCGUUUACAACGUUGAGGUGGAUUUCCCACAGGAUGAGCAGCUGGAGUCCUGUGCUUGGGACAUGGAGUCAGAUGAAGAGAUCUGAUUCCAGACAAAGACUGGCAGUUCAGAGACAAAUCUCAGCGUCCCAGCAGAGAGAAGAAUGCCAUCAUACAUUGGCUCAGGAGAACCCAAGGUGCCACAGCAAUCCCAGGCCUAAGUGAGCUUUGUUUAAGAAGCCAGACUUGAUUAAAUAGAAACUGCAUAGCUGAAA